AUGCAAGGUAGGAAAGUAGCAAGAGAACUUGUCUUUGAUCCUGAAAUAGAGAAAACAGCUAAAGCAAACAGGAAAGCAGUUCGGUUAGCCCGAGAGGCUGCCCGGUUAGCAGGUGUUGCACAAGAAAGUAGUGAAGAAGCGGUUUCUAGUCCAAACACAACGGACAACGAAGCCAACAUCAUGGCUGAAAAUCCACCACCACCUCCACCAGUUGUGCCUGAGAGGAUGUUAGGUGACUAUGGGCAAAGAAACAAUGGAGAGCUUGCCAAUCUGGGUUUCCAACCGAGAAAUCAUGUGUCAUUUGAUAUCAAGAAUUCAGUGCUCAGCGCCCUCAAGGAGAAUCAAUACUCAGGGGCAGAAACACAAUGUCCAAAUCUCCACCUGGAGCAUUUCUAUGAAGCUUGUGACUAUACAGACCCACCAGGAGUAUCUGAAUCAGAUAAAAGAUUAAGGCUUUUCAAGUACUCGUUAACUGGAAGAGCUAAAGACUGGUUGGACACAAUACCACCUAACACCAUCAAUACUUGGCAAGAGCUAGAGAUGAAGUUCAUGGAUAGGUACUUCCCAAUUCAUAAGUAUCUUGAAAGAAGAGCUGACAUUACAAGUUUUGAGCAAGGAGACUCCGAAACAUUGUAUGAUGCCUGGGAAAGAUUCAAACUGAGCCUGAAGAAGUGUCCUAAGCAUGGGCUUGAUAGUCAUACUCAAAUGCAACAUUUCACACAAGGAUUGAGAGCUCAAACUAGAAUGUUUCUAGAUGCAUCGGCAGGUGGAUCUUUGAAAAAUAAAAAUCAAACUCAAGCUAGAGAGUUGGUGGAAUCCAUGGCUCAAAAUGAGUACAGAGUUGAAAAUGAUCGUGGUGCAAAGAAGAAGGCAGGCAUGAUAGAGCUUGAUACUCAAACUGCUCUUUUGGCCCAAUCUACAUUGAUGAAUUCUCAAAUGGCAGCUGUGUUGAAACACCUCACUAGCACUCCUAAUGCCCAAAUGCCAGUCAUGGCAGCUAAUGAAGUGAAAUGUGACUUUUGUGGACAAGGGCAUGCUAAUGGCCAAUGUUUUCCUGAAGGGUCAGAAGAGGCAAAGUACCUAGCCAACUUCAAAAGGAACAACCCAAAGUAUGAUCCAUAUUCAAACACUUAUAACCCAGGUUGGAGAGAUCAUCCAAACUUUGGUUGGGGAGGAAAUCAAAACUCAAAUCAAUCUCAACAACAAUCUUCUUCACAAAACUCUCAACAAAGGAGACCUUCUCAAUUAGAGGAUACACUUACUCAAUUCAUAAAGGUGACUCAAGGGAACUUCGAAGCUAUGAAGGUUAGCCAAGAUCAAAUGAAAACCAACCAAGAUAUUGCCAACAAGAAUCAUGAAGCUUCAAUUAAGAACUUGGAAACUCAAGUUGGACAAUUGUCAAGGCAAUUCGCGGCUACUCAAAAUAAUGGUUUUGAAGAAAAAGAGUGA